AUGGUUAUUGUAGGGGAUGAUCCCCAUGCUAUUUCUGAUUUGUUACACUACCUUGGCGAGCACUUUGAGAUGAAGGAUUUAGGGUCAUUUAAUUACUUUCUUGGUAUUGAAGUAUCAAUGAGCUCUGCUGGCUACUCAUUAUCUCAAACGAAGUAUACCUCGGACAUUCCUUUCGAAGAUGCCACUCUCUACCGUAAACUUGUUGGUAGCCUUAUUUAUUUAAGAGUGACUCGUCUUGACAUUGCAUAUGUUGUUCACAUUGUAAGUCAGUUCAUGGUUUCCCCUCGAAUCAUUCAUUUUACUAUUGUUCUUCGUAUUCUUCGCUAUGUUAAGGAGUUUCUGGGACAUGACCUUCAGUUUUCAUCCCAGUCAUCUCUGGUCUUAUCCGGCUACUCUGAUGCUGAUUAG